AUCAUCGUCACCUUCAUCACCACAUCAUCAUCAUCGCCAUCCUCCUCUCCUCGGCAGUGCACAGCCCUCAGUCAGUUCGCCCGCGUGCGCCGCCUGUCCUUUAAAUUAAUUAUUUCUUGCAUUUUGUUUCCACUCCAUCUUAACGCGGAAGUCGGUGACGCACCACUACAAACAGCUGCUCAGCGGGGGCAAUGAAAUAAACAACGCGUCGACAUUCGGUGAGUGUUUUCUUCGCGUGUGUCUUUACGACGUUCAACGAGCAACGUUCGCUGCGAUGCAGUAUGUGUACGUCCACGCUGAGGAGGCUCCAGCGUGUCCGCUGCGCCUCUCGCUUUAUUAAAUCCGACCUGAGGCGGCUGGAGGGGGUCGCUCGGACGUGCCUCUGAACUGUGCUGGGAUGAUAGCGUGAGAAUUUGCUGCUUUUUCUUUUUUUCCCCCCCUUUUCUUUUGUUUUUUUGUUUUUAUAUUGACUGCCGUUGAAGCCGACACUCUGUUCCUCACGACGGUCACUCGUAGCCUGCUGUGAUUAAGGGGCGGUGCUGGCAAGGUCUCGUAGUUCAAACCAACAUGCCCUUUGCUCUGGCAGCGGGACAGGAAGUGUGUGUGUGAGCGUCCCCCCCGGUUGGCUCUGCUGGGAUGAACAUGCCAUUGCACCAAAUGUCUGUCAUCCCCCGUGAUGUCACCUCGUCGCGGGUGUCGGGCAGCGGGAAAGCUAAAGACAAGGACAAGCAGAAUGAAAAGCCUUUGGGUCCUUCAGCAAGCCGGUCCAGCAAUAUAUCAAAGGCUGGAAGCCCGACUUCAGUCAACGCUCCGUGCAGUUUCUCGAGGACGUCAGUUUCCCCGUCUAGCCAGGACAUCUGCAGUCAAGAUCAGGACACUCAGAAGCAGACAGCAGUGGUUCUUUUGAGUUCUAAGGGUAAAACUUGUCAGGGUUCAGGAGAUGUUUCAGUGACCACCCUGUGCACAGACGUCCUACCUGCUUCCAAACACGCCAAACAGCGAGACUGGCUCUCUCUGCUGCGUCCGUCCUCCGUCAGCAUCCGUUCCAACAACUCGCUCAGGUUUUCGGUGUCUCUGAAUGACGUCGGCCAGCGUGUGGACAGUCUUUGCCGAGGUCUGCAGUUUAUAGAUCGCACGUGCUCUGAGGGAGAGUUGGAGCUGAAGCUCGAGCCCGCUCAGCCUCCUGACUUGGAUCGAAGGGCUCACAAACUCAACUGCAAGCUGGCUGCAACGCCCACACAACAGAUCCCAAAUCCUGGCUUCUCAACGCGCGCCCAGCCCCACCUCGUUCCCUCCUUCACCAACAACUACAAGUACAUGUUGGGCAUAGCGCCCGCCAGUUGUCUCCCAACUGAUCACGGUGUCCUCACCACUCCUCAUUCCAACACCCACCACCACCCCCAUAACUCCCCAAGCUCCAAUUUUCUUCGUCUCCUCCUUCCCUUCUCUCGAUCCUCUACAUCAGCCAGCCUGCAAUGCUCAGACCUGGGCAGCUACGCCUCCCACCUCCACAUCAAGUCCUCCAGUGCCCUGCUGGAAGGUAGCGAGUCAGGCUUGCCCUCUGAGGAUUUAGUGGGAGAUGACGAUGUGUUUGAGGAAGACCAGCCCAGUCCUACUUCAAAAGAAACGGGUCAACCAGCAUCUCCAAAAUUGGUGACAGUGGCUGCGUCAGUUGGACUUCUAGCUCCAGUGUGCUAUAUGGAAGGAGACAGCGAUCUGGACUGCUGUCCAUCCCCUUUGUCAGAGAAAACGGGGCCACUGUCACCUUAUUCUCUAUCCGGGGACUGCUGCAGGAUUUGUCACUGCGAAGGGGAUGACGAGAGCCCUCUGAUCACACCAUGCCACUGCACAGGGAGCUUGCGCUUUGUCCACCAGUCCUGUCUACAGCAGUGGAUCAAGAGCUCUGACACUCGUUGCUGUGAGCUGUGUAAAUACGAGUUCAUCAUGGAGACUAAACUCAAACCACUGCGCAAGUGGGAGAAACUACAGAUGACGGCGAGCGAGAGAAGAAAGAUCAUGUGUUCAGUCACCUUCCACAUCAUCGCCAUCACCUGUGUGGUGUGGUCCCUCUACGUUCUCAUCGACAGAACAGCAGAGGAAAUCAAAUCAGCCGGAAGAGUCCCAGGAAUCCUGGAAUGGCCUUUCUGGACCAAGCUUGUGGUGGUGGCCAUCGGAUUUACAGGUGGACUGGUUUUCAUGUACGUCCAGUGCAAAGUCUACAUCCAUCUAUGGAGGAGACUCAAGGCGUAUAACCGGGUCAUAUAUGUGCAGAACCGUCCAGAGACAUAUAAAAAGUAUCCACUGGAGAAGCCCCCCCUAAUGGAGCCGAGUCUGGAGAACAAAGAGGCUCUGGCCCCCAAUCUGUCAGACACAAACUCCUCCCAGUACACGGAAACAGAGGACUACAGUAUGGAGGUGCUUCAUGUCUGACAACAGAGUCUGUGCCAUUGGUUGUCGUGCACAUACUCCACACCCAAACAGGCCCGCAGAGGAGAGGAACAGUCGUGAUCGGUCACUGAGGAACAACCGUACCCUUUUCCCUGAAGCCAGAAUGACCCACGUCCUCCACUAUCACCUUAUACUCCCUAAACUCCAUCCACAAAGACAGAGAGGCCAUGAGUUUCCCUCUGCCUACAUUCCUCCUAUCACACUGUAUUCCUCCCUCCACCUGCAUCUUUUCCUUUCCCAGGAACAGACUCUUUACACUGACUUCUGUAAAUGUUGGAAGAGGCCUGGUGCAAACCACUCUGUGUACACACACACACACACACACACACACACACACACACACACAGACUCUUUAAUGUACACCUCUGGGAGAGCUGGACUGAAAAGAAUGGACUUGCAAAAGGCUCUGGAGGUCUACAGGUCCCCGAUGUGUGGUUUGUUUGUGGGUUUUGAUCAAUCUGUUCUUUUUUUUACCUCCUGUGAGUGUCGGGCUAACCUGCCAUGGAUCAGUAUGUAGCGCCAUGCAUCAAGAUCUCUGGAACAUUCCAGAUACUGCCAUCUCUGCGGUCUGUCAGCUCCACGCGGUCUGGAUCCAGCGAGACCUGGAUCCGAAGAUGCAUCAAAGCACUUUUUAUUUUUUAGUCCCCAAAGCACAUCCCACCCCUUCUUCUCAUUGCCCCCUCUUUUUUUUUUUCUUGUAUCUUGUACGUUGUAAAUGGGGGAGAGCAAACAAACUUUUCUUCAAGUGCAACAUAUGCUUAAAGAUUAAUCCUUCUGUGGAUGACUAAAAGGAUUUGGGGUUAAAAAAAAUGAGUCAUUUGAACGACGUCAGUUGCAUAAUGGUGGAAAAUCUAGCCACUUGACUUCUGUACCCCAUGGUGAACUUUCUGAAGGCUUUGAGAAUGUAAUCUUUUUAAAAAUGAUUUCAAAAAAUUUAUAAAAUGUAAAGAAAAAAAAAUCAUUUUUUUACUGGUCACGGGAAAUGGCGCUUUGUCUCGAUCAUAAUGAGGCCCUUCAGGCAUAAACAACGUCGCGCUUGUGUUUUGUUUUCUUUCUUUGUUUUUUUUAAAAUAGGUAUUUACAGUUUUUAACAUGUUAACUCGCUUGCUUAGCCAUGGGACAAGCCUCGAGGAAUCCACAGCUGCCUACUUUCAGUUUGUCCACUGAACUUUAACCAAAGGUUUUAACUACAAAAAAGAAACAUGCUUUAGCUCCUACCCUGUUUUUUUGCAUGGUUACAAUCCAGCCACACUUAAUCUUUUCACUUAAAAACACCGUUUUUUGCCACGUUUACUCCACAGUUAAGCAUUAAGAAUGACUUUGAAGUCAGUGUAACAUUUCACUGCUGCUCAUUGCGUUCAGAAAAACUCAGUUUCUUUUAAUAAAAUCAAUGCAAUACAGCUGCUUGUUUAUGGCUGUGACAGAGUCGAUGUGCAUCAUUGCUUUUUGAGGAGCUGACUGUACCGCCAUCUGCUGGUGUUAAAGUGAAGGUGCAGCCUGAGAUGGGCAGCGGUUGAUUUCUCAGGUCGACGUGGGUGUUUUUUCUGGGGGGGGGCUCACAGUCAUUGUAAGUGUGUUUGUCUAUGUGAGAGCACAGCAAUGCCCAGGCUCAUGUUGAGCCUUACAGCCAUUCCAGCAACACACACAUUUUUCAAAAACUGUAUUUGAUACCAGUAUACUGUCUGUGAACAAUGAUGGUCCAACAACGUACCUGACAAUUACUGCUCAGCAGCAGCAAUAAAGCGCUUUGGGUUUUUUUUGUUUUGUGUUAUUUGCAUACUGUAUUUAUGUAUAUGCCCCAGGGACACUUGAGAUCUGGAGUUUAAUAUAAUUUUAAUACAUAAAUGAGCCGAGGGACUUGUUGUGUGUCAAGUUGGAUUAAGACCUAGUAAUGAGAACCAUCUCAGAUUCUUCAGUACCCGGGAGGCUCAGUGCAAUUAGACAGAUUUUAUUUUUUAAAAAGUGCAAUUACCCUUUUGUUGAUGUUCUGUUCUGCAAUUAUGUACCGAUGUUUAAAGUCCAGGAUGUCCUCUGGAUAGAAAAUUACUUUCUUUAUAUUGUGUUGUAUUUAUUUUUAACUGAAAACAGCAUAUUUUUGUUCAUUUACACACAAAAAAGACCCUUUCAUUAGUGAAUUUUAUGCAACUUACACUUAAUUUUUCUUCCCAGACACUAAUAGAAGAAAAUUAUUUUCAGCCCUUGUUUUGCAUGUAGUCAUUCAGAUAAUAGAGUUCCUCGAAGCUUCAGUCCUUUUUUAGUUUUUAAAUUGAUUGUGGUGUCUUUUUACUUUCUCCCCAUAGGAGCUGGCUCCUUCAAUGAAAUAUGAGAGGAGUUUUGUUCUAGUGUGAUGGCUUUGGAUUGUUUCCUCUCUGAGCAUCUUAUCCUCUUUACCGUCUUUGCGUCACUCACCCUUUACGUCCAUAAUCCCACGGAGCAGAACAUCAACUGAGACUCUUCUCAGCCUCACUAUUUUAGGCUGUCUGUUGAUUACCUGGUGACUAAAAUUUGAUCAUGUCUGGGACUAGUGUAACUUGCAUAAAAGCUACAUUUGUUUACUACUGACUGGACUUGAACAUAUAUGACUGUUCCCCUGUCUUAUACCAUUCCGCAAGUCUGUCUGUGAAUUUGCUUUGAAAUAGUAACUGUAAAGAUUUUGGUAAAAUGUACUUUUUUGUUUUUAUGAAAAAUGUUGAUGUGCUUUCAGUUAAUUUCCCACGUUUGAACAAAAUAUGUAGUAAUUAAAAGAACAACCAAAUAAAAAAUUAAGUGACUUUUAAAACUUUGUGACUUU